AUGGCAACUCCCGAGACAUUCACUACUGAAGAUUUAAGACCUCCCAAAAAAAUAGUUGUACCUUUAUGGGUAGCAUUAUCUUUAAAAUCUCAACGUUUAUGUAAAAUAAUUCUUCCGGACUGGCUUAAAAUUGAUAAUCUCGAAAAUUUAUUAUUCAAAGAACAAAAUUUUCCCGAAUUUAGUCCAGUACCUUUUUAUUAUUUUGAGAUUUCUCAAAUGUUGUUACGGGCAGCCGAGGAUGAUUUAAUAGAAUCAGAGAAAAUUCGAUACUCUUUACAAAAUCUUAAAGAAACCAGAGAAAAUAAAAUUAGAGAAGGUUUAUUAAACCUUGAACCUAUUCCAAUUAAAAAUUAUGAGGAUGAAUUUGCUAACUGUGGAACUGUGGAACCAAGAGAAUCAGAAUGCUUCGUUCAGACAUAA